AUGGCCCUGAAGGCGAAGAAGGAAGCUGUUGUCUCCCUCAAGGCAGAAGCCAAGUCCAAAGACUUGAAGGCCAAGAAAGCAGUGUUGAAGGGGGUCCACAGCCACAAAGAAGAUCUGAACAUCCCCCACCUUUCGGCAACCCAACACACUAAGACUCCAAAGGCAUCCCAAAUACCCUCGGAAAAGUGCCCCUCAGAGAAACAAGCUGGAUCACUAUGCCACAUUAAGUUCCUCUUGACCACUGAGUCUUCUCUGAAGAAGACUGAGGACAACACCCUAGUCUUCAUUGUGUACGUCAAGGCCAACAAGCAUCAGAUAAAGCAGGUUCCACCGAGAUUUGAACUCGGAUCGCUGGAUUCAGAGUCCAGAGUGCUAACCAUUACACCAUGGAACCGCCGUACCGCAAUUGACGCUCAAGGCUCUCUUAUCGUUAGCUAG